AACCAAGUUCAGGAUUUAUCUUCCCAUGCGCGCGAGCAAAUCGCUCAAAUGAUUCUGGGCGGUUCUUGGCGUUGUUUUCAGGAUGAAUGAAUGAAAGAUUUUAAUAAUGUUCACUAGCAUGAAUGAAUGAGCGCAAGCAGCCUAUGAGACUCACGAGCAGCCUAUGAGACUCACGAACAGCACAAAGACAAAAACGGGCAUAUUCAAUUUUGUGCUCAAAUGAGGUUGACUUCAUUGUACUCAUGGUUGCAGAAUGUUCAUAUUCUUUUGCCAUCAAUGUGGAAAGAAUCUGAAACAAGGAGGACGACUUUGAGCUUCAACAAAAUGAAGAACAAGUUAUUUUGGUAAUAAAAAACAUCAUGUCAGAAUUCCCUUCCAAGCCGUUUUACACAGAUUCUUGUUUUCUGGGGUUUGAGAAAUCGUGGGCGAGUCUUUAAUGUGGUUGAGAUUAAGCUUGGACAACUUUCUUGAAUUUUUUAUAAUAAUCAAAUUCCAUCAGUUGCAAACAAUCGGGUAAGUGAAACUUGAACAAAUCUAACGGAUAGCUCAAAUGCCUUGAGAGAUUUUGAUUGGGCGAAAGCUGGGAUGCUUAUUCUCGAAAUCAUAAAACAGAGGUGAAGUGUUAAUUGAUCUUUGAAGAGCAUAAACCUUGAAGACCAUACUCAGCUUUGUGUCCAAAUGAAUUUGGGGAAGAAGCUUAUGGCACAGAUUGUCCCAGAAUGACAAAUAGCUUAUGCCAGCUAUAUUCUUCUCCCAUCAACGUGGAAAGAAUCUGUGAAAUAUAGAGACAAGAAGGAUUUGACGACACUUGAUGAGGGCAAUGACGUUCUGAGAUUCAGUAUAAACAAGAACAAGUUAUUUCGGUAAUAAUAAACUAAUACAUGGCAGAAUUCUCUUCCAAGCCGUUGUACUUUGAUUUUUGAUUUUCAGGGUUUGAUAAAUCUUGGUUGAUGCUUUAAUUGUGGUGAUUCCAUCAGUUGCAAAAAAUCGAAGUUAUUUCAAGUUGGCGGCAAACGACCGGGAAAUUGCAAUUCACACAAUCUAAACGAAUACCUCAAAUGGUUUUGGGCGCUUCUUAGUUUUGUUUUGGGAGCUUUUCUUGGGUGGAUAUUGGGAUGCUCAUUUUCCAAAACAUAAAGCGGAGGUGAAGCGUUGAUUGAUCUUUGAAGAGAAUACUCAUCUUUGUGUCCAAAUGAAUUUGGGGAAGAAGUUUAUGGCACAGAUGUUCCCAGAAUGGCAAACAGCUUGUGUGAGCCAUAUUAUUCUCCCAUCAAUGUGGAAAGAAUCUAUGAAAUAUAGAUACAAGAAGGACUCUGUCGACACUUGAAGAGGACUAUGACGUUCUGAGCUUCAGCACAAUGAAGAACAAAUUAUGGCAGAAUUCCCUUCCAAGCCCUUGUACUCAGGUAUUUGUUUUUUGGGGUUUGGUAAAUCUUGGGUGAGGCUUUAAUGAUGUGUGGGUUAAGCUUGGACGGCUUUCUUGAGAUUUUUAUAAUAUUCAAUUCCAUUAGUUGCAAACAAUCGCAGUUAUUUCGAGUCAGCGGUAAACAAUCGUAAAGUGCAAGUCGAGCAAUUCAAACGAAAACCUCAAAUGCUUUUGGGCUGUUCUUAGUUGUGUUUCGAGAGCGUAUCUUCGUUGGAAGUUGGGAUGCACAGUUUCGAAAGCAUAAAACAGAGGUGAAGCUUUGAUUGAUCUUUGGAGAGCAUACUCAGUUUUGUGCUCAAAUGAAUUUGGCGAAGAAGUUUAUUGCACAGAUGCUCCGAGAAUGGCAGACAGCUUAUGUGGGGCAUAUUCUUCUGUCGUCAAUGUAGAAAGAAUCUGUAAAUUUUAUAGACGAGGACUCUGGCGAUACCUGAAGAGGACAACGGCGUUCUGAGCCUCAACACAAUGAAGAACAAGUUAUUUCGGUAAUAAUAAACUACAUAGCAGAAUUCCCUUCCGAGCCGUUUUGCACAGAUUUUUGUUUUAUGGGGUUUGAUAAAUCUUGAUUGAGGCUUCAAUGUGGCAAGGGGUUAAGCUUGGACGACUUUUUUGAGAUUUUUAUAAUAUUCAGUUCCAUUCGUUGCAAAGAAUCGCAGUUAUUUCAAGUUAGCGGCAACUGGUGGAACAGUUUAAACAAAUACCUCCAAUACUCAUGGGCGAUUCUUUGUUUUGUGUUUUUGCGAGCUUUUCUUGGGUUGAAGUCGAGAUGCUCCUUUUCGAAAGCAUAAAACAGAGAUGAAGCAUUAAAGAUCUUUAAAGGUUAUACUCAGUUUUGUGCACACAUGAAUUUGGCGAAGAAGUUUAUGGCACAAAUGGUCUCAGAAUGGCAAACAGCUUAUGUGGGCCAUAUUCUUCUCCCGUCAACGCAGAAAGAAUCGGUGAAAUAUAGAGACAAGGACUCUAUCGACACUUGAGGAGGACAAUGACGUUCUGAGCUUCAGCACAAUGAAGACAUGUUAUUUUGGUAAUAAUAAACUACAUGGCGGAAUUCCCUUCCAAGCCGUUUUACUCAGAUUUUUGAAUUUGGGGUUUGAUAAAUCUUGGGCGAGGCUUUAAUAUGGUGUAGGGUAAAGCUUCGACAACUUGAGAUUUUCAAAGACGGAUCAUGCAGCAAUGAAUCCUAUAAUACACACCAAGGCAUUUAAACCUGGGUCACAAUCAAAAACUGUUUUAAUGCCUUUACACGACAACCCUUUGGAUCGGACAGUUUAAUUCAGUAACCUUAGUGAUCUGAUCUUUGAAUCAAGGGAUGGAAGAGAUGCCCAUGAAUUUUUGGGAAGGCUAUCAGUGAUUUUAUAAAUGUUCACUAAUAAAUAUGUCAUUUAGUACAUUUCUUUCAUGUUUGAAGUUCAUGUAAUGUAAUUGAAAAACAAUUGGAAAUGUGAUUGAAAGGCUUUUGGAAAAAAAGAUGCAAACAAAAUUUAUGCCAUUUGUUCGAAAGAAGCAUUUCAUUCAUAUUUAUGGAAUAUGAAAAUCUCAUGUUUAUCAUCUAGAAACGUGGCACAUUUUGUGGUAAGGGGGUGGUCAUGAGUCGAAAAACCAGUCAAUAUUGUAUGGGAACCACCAGUUAAAACCUCAUCCUAAGUGUCAAUCCACAAAUGAAGAGAAAGGGCAGUUGAGCAAUCCACUUGUGGGUUGAUGUUCUUGGGUGUGAAAGCCGACCAGCCUAGAGAGUUUCCCACAGACAUGCCAGUGCGACCAAAGUGGUUACAGUUUAUCAGUGAAAUAAUAUCGAUCCAUGUAGAGCCUGUGAGGGUUCAACUCUUGGCAGCCUCUUGGUGGAAGUGGGCUGGCAAGGCCUAGUUUGCUUCAGAGCUGUUGUUGCCACAAGAAAUAGUUUCGCAAGUGAAAUUAGCAUGCUGGCUAGGAAGGGAGCUGACAAAAUAAUCUUUGCCUUUACUUUCGGUGAAGAACAUGCAGCAUGAUGGAAAAGACUCUUAUGAAACAAUGUUUUUAAUGGCAGCUGAAGAAGGUGCCGAAUUUGAUAUAGACUUUUUCAACAGAUUAGAUCUAGAGCUUAACAAAGUUAAUACAUUUUAUCGCAACAAGGUUGAAGAUAUAUUGGAUGAGGCAGCUCUUCUAGACAAACAGAUGAAUUCCUUGAUAGCUUUAAAGGCUAUUUUGCGUGACCCUGACAAAAGUAAACACAGUGUACAUUUAGGUACAACACAACCUUCCCAGGAGUUGACAACUGCAACCUCCAUGUUAAACAGAAACAAAGAGAGAUAUAAUGGAUCUGCACAUAAAGAAGUUAUAAAUGAAAUCGAGAUGAGCAGCGAUCACUCUUUUCAAGAAUUUGGCACACAAAGAGCAACUCUCACCAGCCAACAAUUAGAGCCUGUAAAAGUUGUUAGAAAUGUAAAAAUUAACAUAAUGCCUGAGACUCCAAGGUCCACUUUCCGAAGUAUUUUGUCUGACUCACAAACUAAGCAUUUCAGUAAAGAAGACCUGGAUAGAGGGAAGCAAAUGUUGCGGGCAGCAUUCAUUGAGUUUCAUCGGAAAUUAUGGCUUGUCAAAAGUUUCAGCUCACUAAAUCUUUUGGCAUUUUCCAAGAUUAUGAAAAAGUAUGACAAGAUAACUGGAAAACAAGCAUCCCGCUCUUACUUAGAUGUUGUGGAGAAGUCUUAUUUAGGAAGCUGCGAGGAGGUGGGCAAGUUAUUGGGAAGAGUGGAAUCUACUUUUACAAAAUACUUCACAAAUGGAAAUCAUCGUAAUGCAAUGCAAGUGUUAAGGCCAUUGAGGAAAAGAGAAAAGCAUAGAGUUACCUUUUUAAUUGGACUAUUUACUGGAGGUUCAAUAGCUCUCAUUGCAGCAACUGUCUUCCUAAUUCGAUUUUUUAGAAUUUAUGAGGAAGGAGGAGUUACUCAGUAUAUGGAUGCCGUCUUCCCCCUAUAUAGCAUAUUGGGCUGUAUUUUUCUUCAUAUGCUAAUGUAUGCAGCAGAUAUAUACCUGUGGGUUCACUAUCGGAUCAAUUAUCCAUUUAUCUUUGGUUUUAAGUCAGGAAGUGAGCUAGGAUACAGGGAAAUCUUGCUUAUUGCUAUGGCAAUUUCCCUGUUUUCAAUGUUUGGUAUAAUUUCAAACUUAAACAUGGAGACAAAGGACCUUCCAACAAUUCCAGAAGUCAUCCCUUUGAUUCUAAUGUUGGUUCUACUAUUUAUAUUGGUAUGUCCUUUCAAGAUUUUUUAUUAUUCAAGUCGUAUUUUCUUGCUACGCAGUGCUUUUCGCUGCAUGUGUGCUCCUUUCUACAAGGUUUUGCUUCCUGAGUUUUUCUUGGCAGAUCAAUUUACCAGUCAGGUCUGUUAUUUAAACACAUAUAUUCUAGUACAAGCGAUAAGAGAAUGCCAAUAUUUCUUCUGCUACUAUAUUUUGGGGGCAUUCAAGAAUAGAGAUACUGAAUUUGUCGACAACAAUGUGUAUGAAAUCUUUUUCUAUGUUGUAGCUGUAAUUCCUUAUUGGAUUCGCUGCCUUCAGAGUAUUAGGCGUCUUGUCGAAGAGAGAGAUCCAAUGCAAGGAUAUAAUGCCUUGAAGUAUUUUGCAACAGUUGUUGCAGUUGUAAUGAGAACAGCAUAUAGUAAGAAUUCAAAUGAUAUUUGGAAGAUGCUGUCGUUUUUAACAUCAGGCAUUGCGACAUUUAUCAGCAUAUAUUGGGACAUUGUAAUCGAUUGGGGAUUACUGCAAAAAAAUUCGCAAAACCCCUGGCUGAGGGAAAAACUUGUUAUUGGUCAAAAUAAAAUAUACUUCCUAGCCAUGAUUGUAAAUGUGUUCUUGAGGUUUGCUUGGAUGCAAUCUGUUCUGAGAUUUCAGAUACCAGGUUUACACUACAAAGUCACAGUUACUAUUUUUGCCUGUUUAGAGAUUGUCCGUCGUGGGAUAUGGAAUUUCUUCAGGUUAGAAAAUGAACACCUCAACAAUGUUGGGAAAUACAGAGCAUUCAAAUCUGUUCCGCUUCCCUUCCAAUAUGGAGAUGGUGAAGACAACCACUAAAAUUGUGGGUGAAUUCAGAAUAGGAUAUUGAAGAAGAGCUACAAAAUGAAAGUCUCGUUGUGAUGAGAAUAAACAUCUGGAGAGGAAAUGUUGCAAACUUCAAAGUGCAUGAUAAAAGUAAAGGAGACUUCAUGAGUCGCAUCCUACUCUAUCUUGGCCCUUGGGACAUUUUCACAUCCUACAAUUUACAAAUAUAGUUUCACAAAGAGUAGCCUUAAAUGUCAAUCAGAAGUUCACACAAAUUUCACAUGGAGUUCGCUUGGUGAUAUGGUUUGGAUUAUAUCUCUCGUUAACGUUUUGACCUCUUACGAAGCUGAGUAGACCAGGUCAACAGCCCUGAAGCAGGCAGAUUAACGACCUCUGUAAUAUGAUUUGACAGGGCUGAAAAGGUAUCUUGUGUAUGGAUGAUUAUGUGAGAUUCUAUUAACCUUCCAAAUCCUACCAACAUUUUUUAAGCUAGGCCAACAGAUGACAUAUUUUUAAGAGUAAAGUAUCCUCUAUCGGUGUUGGUGACCCACUUGAUGGCUACCUCAUGGUUGAAAUCCAAUCCUUUUAGUGUAAUCAACGCCUAUAAGAAAUAAUUAUUUCUUUUUUAAUUGAAAAAAUAAAGAAGAAACUGUUUAUGAGUA